UAGUGGUUGAUUUGUGAUUGUGUGAAUUUCCGCUCCGCGGUUGUUUCUCAUAAAACCCUUUUUCCUGGAAAAUAAAAGCACCAUGGCAGAAAAGAACUCAAAAAUUGAUACAAUCAACAACAAGAUACUUCACGCUUUGGAGAUUUGUGUAAUUAAUCUCGGCAAGGAUCAUGAAAUUACCAAGGAAAAUAUAAUUAACUACAAGGAUUUGAUGAAGAGACUUGCGACAAUUGAAAUACAGAAGGAUGCACGUAUCAGGGCUAUUGAUAAGGCUAGAAAACAUCCCACUGCGAGCGGCUACAAAGAGGAAUACAUUCGCGAAAGCAAGAAAGACGUUCACGUUAAUUUGGAAGAAUCAAAGCGAUACAAGAAUUUUGAUAAAUUCAUCAAUGAUAUUAAUCGACAAGGCUCUGAUGCAACAUCCUCGGCUGAAGGUAUGACUGUCACCGAAUCAAUACAGAAAACUGAUCCAUUCACGAAGAAACCAAUGGUGAAUCCAGUCAGAAACAAUAUUUGCAAGCACGUCUACGACAAGGACAGUUUGAGUAACAUUAUCAAACUGAAUUCCCAAGUCAGGUGCCCCUAUGUUGGCUGUACAAACAAGCAGCGUCUCAGAAUGGCUGAUGUUACAGAAGACGCAUUGCUGAGGAUUCAGCUCACUGCACAAGCGAAUGAGAGCGAUAGCGACUAAUUGAUUCCACAUCUUUGUAUCUUUAAUGCCUCCAUUGAAUCACUGCAGGCUCCCAUGUCGGUUUCCGUGGGCGGUAGGGUAUUACUGAUGGCGACAGCACCAGAUGCUGUGAUUUGUCUCUGUCGCAGAAUAGCUAGUCGCUGCUGAGUAAGUUCCAGAUGAUGCUUUCUCCAUUUUAUCCGUCGGUUUUGGAACCAAACUUUAACCUAUUAAACACAUGCGGGUAAUAAGUAAUUUAAAUGAAUAUAUUUCCUCUCUCUCUCUUCUGUUGGUAUUACCUGUGCUUCUGUUAAUUGAAGAGUGUGAGCAAGGUAGAGUCUCUCAGGUCCCACCAUAUAUUGCUGUCUCUCAAAUUCCGCCUCCAACCUUUCUAAUUGCUCUGGAGUAAAUAUUGUUCGUACCCUUUUGCUCUUCAUUGAAGACUUCUUAGACCCACUGUGAUCUAAAAAUAAAUGAUACGUAAAAAUAACACAAAAAAUCAGCCAAUAUUAUUUUAGCAUAGUCCAAUACAUAUUUAACGUCAAAUAUAUUUCAUUAUAGCAAGACUUUCUGCAUUAUAAAUGAUAGUAUAAGAAUUUAAAAAUGACAAAGUAAUUACACUAUAGGAUAUGUAAAAAUAUUUUUUUUCUAUUAUUUCACUGUGCUCAAUCCUUUCUUCGAUUAUUAAUAAGAUAUUAUAAGAUAUACCUUGAGAAGACAUUGGAUGAAACUUAUAUUAGUAAAAUAUAUUAAAAUUCCUCUCAGUUUUAUCACGUCCUUUUCCAUAUUUCAUUGAUACAAAAUAAUAUUCAUACUACAACUUUAACAAUUCGUCUUACGUCUCACCUUACUUGAAACCAUUGUGUUGAUCAAUAAAGAAAGAUAGAAUCCGAAAAGACAUAAUUUUGUAUUAAUGAGUUUAAUUCAUUCAUAAAUAGAUGUUCAAGGAUCCUAAAACAUUCAACAUUAUGAGAUAAGAAAACCAUUUAGCCUAAACUUCAAUCGAACAGAAAAAAAUUACAAAGUUUAUUUUAAGAACAAUACCUUUAAUUAUUGAAUAAAAAGAGAUUGUUUGUGGCAGUUAAAAUAUUAUAGCCCAUUGGAUCUAAAAUAAAUGAUUAAAAACUCUUAUUUUUCUAUUUCUCGCAUCUUUUACUUUUACAUUGAUUUAGCCCCAAAACCGUUUGUGAAAAUAAUCAAUUUUAGAACACUUGACAAAAAUCUAUUUUGAAACUACAUAAAACUUUGUUAAUUAGUUAAUAUGUAAGCAUGAGUUUUUACAGUGUUUAUAAUACUUAAAAAAAAAUUAACGCAAAAUAUAAAACAAAAUAGCAAAA